AUGUCCAUUGCGAGGCCCAUUGGCGGCCUUUUCGCCCUGGACGGCUUCCUUGUCGCAUGCGCGCCGCUGUGGCGAGGGUGGCCUCUGCUUACGAUCUGGAUCUCGUUGUAUACUCUGAGACUGUACCAUCAUGAUCGCCAGCUCAAGACCGACUGCGCCAUAUUAGCUUUGCUGGCCGCAUGGCGGACACGCCUCCAGCUGCUCGAACUGGCAGCCCGCCUCUGGCAAAAGCCCACUGUCGACCUGCUACACGCGCCCUAUAGUGCCUUCGCUAUUGCCACCCUGUUUGCUGCUCUGCUGUCGCUCUGGCUGCCGCGCGUCUUCAAGGCCGGGGAUGCUGCUGCCGCACGUCUGCCUGCGGGCACCGUCUGGACAUCGGACAUCCAGGUCCCCAAGCCACGCAUCUUCCCCUGCCAGACAACGCAUGCUCGAAUCUUUCCGAAGCGGCACGCGUUUGCCUACUCGUACCUCCAGUGUGGAUACCCCAUCGUCCCGAGCGGCAUCAAGCACGGCGAGAUUAAUCUGCCCAGUGGAGAGGACCAGACCUUGGGGCCAUGGUGGCUGCGGGUAAGAGCUGAAGACUACCUCGAGCGGGGCCAUGGCGCCUUUGGCUUCUACUACAAGCUGCAAAAGUACCUGAGGGCUCAGCAUGUUGCCGACGCAGAGUGGGAGUACGCCUACCUGGUAACGGCACCACGCUUCUUCGGCUAUGCCUUCAACCCCGUCUCCUUCUGGUACAUCUACGACCGCCAUCACCAACUCACCCGCAUGAUACUCGAGGUCAACAACACGUUUGGCGAAAGGCGCAUGUACCUGCUCGACGGCUCGAGCCCCUCGAGCCCGCCUCGCACGCCAGACUCGCACCGGUCAUUGGCCGACGACGGAUCAGAGUCCGAGGCGAAUGGGGCCAAGUCCAACUUCUCCGACGUCUGGAUGAAGGACUUUCACGUUUCGCCCUUCAAUUCCAGAAAGGGCUCGUACGCGCUCAAAGCCCAGGAUCCCUUCCCGACGGUUGGCCAUGGUGACCCCAGAAUUGACAACACCAUUACCCUCAAGUCGUCCAAAGACUACGGAAAGCUCGUAGCCCGCCUCUUCUCCACCGGCACGUCGUUGGAUCCAGACCAGCUGGGCUUGGUUGGAACAGCGCGGUUCGUCCUGAGCUGGUGGUGGGUUGGCCUGGUCACGUUUCCCCGUAUCCUGCGGGAGGCGGGCAAGCUGUUCUUCAAGAGAAAGCUUCAUGUUUGGUUCAGGCCCGAGGUGCUUACGUCGAGCAUUGGCCGCCUGCCCACGUCUGAUGAGAUUGCACUCCAACUGGUCUUUCAGGACUAUCUGCGUGAGCUGGUAAACCAGACCGAAUAUUCGUUCCGCAUUACCUUCCAAUGCUCGAUUCCCGACGAACAGCCCGAGAUCAUCUUCACGACACGCGCCCCCGAGCCCGACAGGCCCCAACAGAACAUGGAGAUUCGUGUGCUCACCCCGGCCUUUUACUCAAGGCUUAUCCAUUACACAUAUACCUCGGAAGCCAUCGACCGCGAAUGCAUCUUUACCGACGAGCGGAACAGGACCUUGUGGAUAUGCCGUCCCAAACUCCUUCCGCUGUUGCUCUCGGAGCGAUCGUCCAUUUGCAUUGAAGACGAAGACAAGAUGCUUGCAAAGAGAAGCUACCUUGAUGAGCUGCGAUGGGCAUUGUUAAAGAAGCUGAGAUGCCCACCAUGUGAGCAGGCGUAUUCGGUGACACCACAAAGCUCAGAGGCCCAUGUAGACGACAUCCGCUCCAGGCCUUAUUCCGAAUUAGAUGGGUUCGUGAGGAGCUCCAUGGGCCAGAAGCAUGCUGGGCCGUACCGAAGAACCGUUACGAAGCUCUUGCUAGCGCAGCGCUUUUGCUUUGGGUUUCCAGAGAUUGUUGGGCUGGUAGAUGUGGGUGUACGGGUGUUGCUGUGCUACUGGGCUGUGGUGCAGAUGAAACACUGGAGUGUCUCGUGGGCAGGAGCUGAGUCAGCCAAAUGCAUGUCGGGCUUGGUGAGCAAGGACUGGUCUGCGUGCCCUGGUGUGCGGGAUAUGGAUGGCUUGGACUGGUGGCGGCUGGCAACGAGCGUUGCGUCAAUAUCCGCGCUCCAUGCAUACGGCCUGCUCAAGGGCUACGGCUAG